AUGCCGCCCGAAGCUCGGUUUGCCGUCGUUGCUAGCACAGGCGCUUUCGACUUUAUGCCAGCCUUCGAGGACGCCAUUCUCUGCAUCGUCCCUUCGGCUCUCUUUCUGGUUGUGUCCCUACAGCGUCUCUUCUGGCUCGCGAGACAGCCUCGCAAGGUCGCCAAAAGCCACCGGCCAAUCGGAUUGAUCGGCGUCUACACGGCUCUACAACUUGCAGUCUUGGUGUACUGGGCUCUGAAUGCAGAGAAGUGGCCUUUCUCUCGGUUGCGGACGUCCGCCGCCGUGCUCGCCUUCGUCGAUGGAUUUCUGCUCUUGUUCCUGUCCCACGCUGAGCACGCGCGCUCGGUGCGACCAUCGACCAUCAUCAACGUUUAUCUACUCUUUACUUUGCUAUUUGACAGUGUCAUCGCGAGAACCCUGUGGCUUUCCGACCAUGACUCCAUAAUCUCGGGCCUCUUCACCUCAACUGUCGCGAUCAAACUCUUUGUCUUGACCUCGGAGGCUUGGGAAAAGAGACCGAUACUCCUGUCCCAGUACCAGGAUCUCUCCCCAGAGGCAACCAGUGGCAUACUGGCCCGGAGUGUCUUCUGGUGGCUGAAUUCAUUGAUGCGAACCGGGUUCGCUCGCUCCCUCACCGAUCAUGAUCUGUUCCCCAUUCAUGACAGCCUAGCGGCACGAACACUACUCCCCAAAGCACGAAGCUCGUUUGGUGCAUCAAACCAGUCCAGCCGCCAUGCCUUGGCCUUCUCCACGUUGUGGGCCACCAAGUAUAUCUUUCUGGCUGGCGUGGCACCCCGGCUUGCAUUGGCAGCGUUCAAGUACACGCUGCCCUUUCUCAUCACCAGGACGACUUCCUGGACAGCCGAUCCGUCGCAGCCGGAUUCAAUUGGAUGGAGACUGACGGGCGCAUGGCUGCUGGUCUUCCUUGGGCAAGCAAUUUCGAACUGCUUUUAUUACCAGAUGACAUAUCGAUUUGUCACUUCGAUUCGCGGCAGCCUCUGCAGUUUGAUCUACACCAAGACGUUGGAUCUCCGCAGCACGGCUCUCGACGGGUCCGUGGCGGUAUCGCUCAUGUCCACGGACACCGAGAGUAUCUGCCAAAGCGCCGCAACCUUGCACGAGCUUUGGGCCUCGCCAAUCGAGUCUGCAGUUGCCAUAUUUCUCCUGUACAGGCAGCUUGGCCUUGCUGCGCUGGCCCCGGUCGUUGUAGCAAUCAUUGCCACUGCUGGCAUGUUUCAGCUUGCCCGGUUCAUUGGCAUGGCCAAGAAGAGAUGGAAGAGGGGCAUCCAAACGCGGGUCGAUGUAACGGCUUCCGUCCUCACAUCCAUGAAGGAAGUCAAAAUGCUUGGCUUAUCAGAUAUUGUCGCGAACAUGAUACAGAACCUCCGCGUCACAGAGCUAGACUUGUCCAAGCAGUAUCGCAGACUGUUGGCCAUACAGACUUUCAUUGCUAUGAACACGGCGACCAUCGCCCCUUUGGCGACCUUUGCAACCUUUGUGGUUGUUUCCAAGAGCACUGGUCAGCCAUUGAACACGGGGUCUGCUUAUACCUCGCUCUCGUUGAUAUACCUCUUGUCGGACCCCAUGGUUGUCGUGUUUCGUACCAUCCCAUUCGUCAGUGCCGCCCUCGCGUGCUUUUCUCGCAUUCAAACCUACUUGUUGUCGGAAAGCUGUACCGAUUACAAACUGCCCUUGAGCGAGCGGGAUCAUCAUCCAAGCCAAGACAAUGAGAAAGGAGACACGCUUGUAGCGAUAUCAGGAGCCAGUCUUGGCUGGGUUCCCGGAAAGCCAGACAUCCUCAACGACAUCACCGUCGACAUCCGCAGGUCUUGCUUCACCUUCGUCGUCGGACCCGUGGGCUCAGGCAAGAGUAUCCUCAUACGAGCCCUUUUGGGAGAAGUCCCACUCCGAGCGGGUUCCAUCCAUGCCGAUCCCGGCAAUAUCGCGUUUGUUAGUCAGGAGCCCUGGAUCCAGAACCUGACGAUACGCCAUAAUAUCCUAGGCAGUGCCAGCUACGACGCGGAAUGGUACGACAAAGUUGUCUACGCGUGCGGGCUGGAGCAAGAUAUCAACGAACUUCCCGACGGAGAUGCGACAAGAGCGGGCAGCGCGGGGUUUUCGUUAAGCGGCGGCCAAAAGCAGCGGCUCGCCUUGGCCCGAGCCGUCUACUCCAGAGAAAAGACAGUCUUAUUGGAUGAUGUCUUUGCAGGGCAGGAUGCGGCGACCGAGGAGCACACCUUCCAGAAUCUUUUUGCCGAGACGGGUCUCUUCCGGCAGAUGAGCAUAACUAUGGUCUGUGUCACGAAUGCCAUCCAUAGACUCGCCUAUGCAGAUCAUGUCGUCGCUCUGUGGAUAAGCGGCCAUAUCGUGCACCAAGGCUCAUUCGCCCAACUUCAAUCCGAUACGGAUUAUCUGCAUGGGCUGGCAGUCGAGCAGAACGGCGCGAUUGACACGCAGGACGCAGCUUGCGCAUGGUGCAGCAUCGCCACGAGACUGUUCCUCGGGGCCGAUAUGAACAAGAUGCUGAACAGGACAGCGACGACUCUGAAUCGCCCGGACGAGUCCUCGGCGAACACUGCAGAAGGAUCCGGCCAAGCCACCAAUGACUACUACCUCGGUCUCUUCGCAAUGCUCACUGGUCUCGCCGUCUUGGGCAUCACAGGGGCUGCCUAUUUCUUCCUGGUCGUCAUGGUGGCUUCGAGCUCCGAGGUUCUCCACGCCCUGGCCUUCUUCUCGCGUACCGACGUCGGAGUCACCACGAAUCGCUUCAGCCAGGACAUGUCGGUCAUCCUGAUGUGUGUCUUUUCUGGGUAUUUUGCAGCCGCACUUGUUCCUUUCGUCGCUUUCUGCUGGUUGCUGCAAAAGUUCUACGUGCGGACGUCUCGGCAGAUCCGUCUGUUUGACCUCGAAGCCAAAUCCCCCCUCUUCACGCAGUUCCUCGACCUCCUCCAGGGCCUGUCCACGGUACGGGCGUUCGCAUGGGGUCCACGCUUCAUCGAUCAGUACCUAGAGCUUCUCGACGCCUCACAAAGACCCUUUUACCUACUCUUCUGCAUCCAGCGCUGGCUAGGCCUCGUACUCGACCUACUGACCGCCGUCCUCGUGACAGUCAUGAUGGUCCUGGUCGUGAAGCUGCGAGCGCAGCUGUCAGCGCAGACUGGACGCGGCGUCAAGACAUUCUGCACCGACACCGAGUCGGAGAACCGACCCACUGAGACGGGUACCGUGCCCUGGAACUGGCCUCCCCACGGCCGCGUCACCAUCAAGGAUCUGGUGGCCUCGUACGAUGGCGGCGAGCCCGUCCUGCGCGGUGUGAGCCUCGAUAUCCCCGCCGGUGCCAAGGUCGGCAUCUGUGGCCGCAGUGGGAGCGGCAAGAGCUCGCUCUUGGGCUGUAUCCUGCGCCUCCUGGAAGUCGGUCCCGGCUCGCACAUUACCAUCGACGGCGUCGACAUCACGACGCUGCCUCGGCAGGUUCCUCCGCGACAACCUUAUCGUCCUUCGUCGACAGCAGAGCAGACAGGAGCAGCAAAUCGACGACGACGGUCCGAGCGGCUCAUCCGGGAUGUGAUGCGCGAGCAAUUUGCUAGCUGUACCGUCAUUGCUGUUGCACAUCGCCUCGGUGCCGUCGUUGAUUUCGAUCGUGUUGCUGUUAUGGGUGGUGGUCGGCUCCUAGAAUGGGAUAAUCCUCGUGCUCUUCUAAAGCGAGAUAGCGAGUUUAAGAGGUUUUGGGAUCUUGGGGCGGGUUAG